AUGGUCAAGACUUCCGUCCUCAACGAUGCGCUCAACGCCAUGAACAACGCCGAGAAGGCUGGCAAGCGCCAAGUCCUGAUCCGUCCUUCCUCCAAGGUCAUCGUCAAGUUCCUCACUGUCAUGCAGAAGCACGGCUACAUCGGCGAGUUCGAGGAGGUUGACGACCACCGCUCCGGCAAGAUCGUCAUCCAGCUGAACGGCCGUCUCAACAAGUGCGGUGUCAUCAACCCCCGCUACCCCGUCCAGCUCCGUGACCUCGAGAAGUGGGCUGUCCAGCUUCUGCCCUCUCGUCAGUUCGGCUUCGUCGUCCUGACCACCUCCGCCGGUAUCAUGGACCACGAGGAGGCUCGCCGCAAGCACGUUGCUGGCAAGCUCCUCGGCUUCUUCUACUAG